CAUGAUUCAGUUGUUCAUCGCUAUUUUUCAGACCGCAACAUCCUCAAAUGUGCGGCUGACCGGAGUCGACAUCCUUGCUGAGCAGGUGGAGGGAGCCAUGAUGGGAGAUUCCGGAGGUUCCUGUAGCACCAUGGACUUUGGGACGCAGUGCAGCGUCCAGCCAGUGUUGAUGUCCGCGGGGACACAGGCGCAGGUGAGUUUCGCAUCAGCUUCCAGCCAGACACAGGUGCCACCAGCACCAGAGUUGGCAUCCACCGCAACUGGGACAGAAGUUGGCUCUGCCCACAAGUGCACGCAGACAGUGUCGCAAGCAUCUUACUGGCCGUACUUCACUGUGGCGGUCGUGGGCUUGGUCGCACUGAGCCUGGCGAGGAGGCAAAGCUGAUGAACCUUCCCUGAAAGAUCCGAGCACCGGACCACAUCAAUGUGGGUAUCACUUGCUAGCUGCGAGUCAAGAAGAGAUCGCAGAUGGAGAAAAAACAUAGAAAAAGGGUUCCACCAUUGCGGUCUGAAUCCAGGC